AUGGCGUCCAACGGAAGAAUCUCUGUCACCGUCGCGGCCGCAGCCGCUCCUCCUCCUCCCCUCGCGCUCCUCCCUCCGCCAGAGCGAGACGACAGUCCUCCCCCCUCACCCGUCGCCACCAACGAGAACGUCCUCGCUCUCGCCGCCCCCAGGGCCAACAACAGCGGCGGCGGCGGCGGCGGAGGAGGAGGGAGGGAGGAUUGUUGGAGCGAGGGAGCGACGGCGGUGCUGAUUGAGGCCUGGGGGGAGAGGUACGUCGAGCUCAGCAGGGGCAAUUUGAAGCAGAAGCACUGGAAGGAAGUCGCCGACAUCGUGAGCAGCAGGGAGGACUACGGCAAGCCUGCGAAGACCGACAUCCAGUGCAAGAAUCGGAUCGAUACCGUCAAGAAGAAGUUCAAAUCGGAGAAGGCCAAGAUCGCCGCCGGCGCCGGCCCUAGCAAGUGGGGCUUCUACCGGAGAAUUGAGGAGCUGAUUGGAGCGAACCCUAAGACGGCGAGUCAGACCCCCAAAACUACUCCGCAUCCCGGAUCUGUCAGAAGCUCCGGCCGGCUUGCGACCGAUCGUCGGAUCAGUUUGCAGCCCCAUCAGCAGUUCGGGAAGCCGCCGGUGAAGGGGAGCGGUUCGAGGAGCAAACGAAAGGGCAUCAACAAUAGUCAGAAGCUGAAGAUACAAUUCGGGAAGAGGAGCGGUAAGAUGAGGGAUUUCUCCUCGGAGGACGAGGAAGACGAGGAGGAAGAAGAGGAAGAAGAAGAGGAAGAGGAAGAAGUGGCUUUCCCUGAUUCCGACGACAGUUUCCCGCCGGAGAACAAGAAGAGAAGAUUGACAAGCCAGAUGCAGCCGAGACACCAACCGCAGCCGAAUCUGAAUGGGAAAGGAGGCAGUGGCGCAGUUAAGGAGAAGAAGGGAGGAGGAUGGGGAAGCUCAAUUCGGAUGCUGACUGCUUCCAUACUGAAGCUCGGGGAAGCCUACGAGCAAGCUGAGGGUGCUAAGCUGCAGCAGGUGGUGGAGAUGGAGAAGACCAGGAUGAAGUUCGCUAAAGAGCUGGAAUUGCAGAGGAUGCAGUUCUUCAUGAAGACCCAGAUGGAGAUUUCGCAGCUGAAGCACAACAGCAACAACAACAACAGAAGAGGAUCAGCAGCAGCAGCAGCGGGAGGGGGAGGAGGAGGUGGAAUAGAGACGGUUGCUGCAGCGGCAUCAGCCAUGGCUGCUUCCUCGGAUCAUCGUCCUCACAUUGGCCAUCCACAUCACGAAGACGAAGAGGAUGAUCACAGCGUCGGAGGCAGUGGAGGUAAGCCCAUGAGGGUGGAUAGCAUCAAUAGUGAUAGUGAUAACUGA